GUCAUAGGUAUAUAAUAUGUAUUUUGUAUAAUAUGAUCGAUGUACAGUUAUAAAUUUUGGUAUCAUUAGCUAGGUUUAAUUGGCUAAUAUUCAGUGGUGUAUUGGAGGGUAUACGCGGGUAUACGUCGUAUACCCGGAUCCCUAUUUUUGGAUUUAUGCGUAUACCUUUAAGAAAAUUAGUCAUUUAUGGGUAUACGCACGCUUCUAAUUUAUCAUCAGACAAUUUAGUCAUAUUAUCACCAAACAAAAGUAAAAACUUAAAAAUAAUAAUUAAAUUUUACCCUACUACAAGUUCUUGCGAAGACGAUCGGAAACUGCCGAGCGUAUAUACAAUCAAUGUACAGCGGUUCCCAAACUGUGUACCUACUAAGUUUCAAAAAUAUAUUGUAAACCACUGCUUUAUCGUGUAUACCUAUUACCUACACUGAAUCGGUCGCGGUGUGCCGUGUAUGGUUAAUCUAAUAGUUAAAAAUAGAUCCAUAGUCAAAAAAUCGUGUACGAUUAUUGAUAAUAUAAAACAAUAAACAUACGUAAUUUCAAACUAAAUGAUAAUGACAAAUUGGAAUAAUAAUAAAAUAAUUAUUGUUGAUUUAUUGUGUUAUUACUUGUCAUCCAAUAACCAAAUUAUAAAAUCGAACUAUUAGUUUCUUAUUAUAUUAAUUCUAUUAAUUUUGUAAAAUAUUUUAUAUAUAAAUAUAUUAUAAUAUUAUAUGAUCGAUAAUGGAUAAUAAACGUACCGCUACUUCACAAAAAAUCACUAAUUAUUUUUCUGUGCCGUCGACGAAAAAACAUAAACCAACACCAACUGAUGAUGAAGUUGCAAUAACUAAUAAUCCGUCAGAAAGUAAAAAAGAAGUUACAGUCAAUAAUGAUGUUGUCUAUACAUUAGAUUCUGCUACUAAAACCAUUAAUGAAGAUUUGGUAACUCAGUGGCCACAGGAUUGGACCUUUGAGCAGUGGCAAUCAAAAAAAGAAAAAUAUGCUUGGAUGAAUUGUCACAAUGGUAAAAUUGGCUGCUCCAAUUGCCAAAAGUUUAGUAAUAUACACAAUUCUAAUAAUUCUGCUUUUGAAAUAUCUCCAGAGUGGUCUCUUAGUCUUAUUAGUGGGGGAACUAGUAAUAAUAAAAAAACUAGACUUUCUGUUCUACGGAAUAAAAUCAGAAAGCAUGUAACAUCAUCAGCUCAUAAAUGUGCUACAAAUAUAUUAAUUGAAAGAGAAUCUGACAAAUUAAAAAACCAAUUUGAAAAUAGUUCAUAUAAAGUUCAUAAAUCUACAUUAUCAGUCUUUAAAACAGCUUACUAUAUAGCAAAAAAUAAUAGACCUUACAAUGAUCAUUUUCAACUUUUGGAGUUGCAAGCACUUAAUGGUAUUGAUAUUGGGAAUACGCUUCAUUCAAGAUUUUCAUCUACUUCUAUUAUAUCUCACAUAGCAAUUGAAAUGAAAAAAAAAAUAGUGUGCAACAUUGUUAAGUCUAAUUCAAAAUUAUCAGUUUUGAUUGAUGAAUCAACCACAUUGAGUACAAAAUCUACUAUGGUUGUAUAUAUUAAAGCAUCUAUAUCUUCUGAAGAUCCUAUUUUUAUAUUUUUAGCCCUUGUUGAACUUAAACAUCAAACAGCAGAAAAUAUAGUUACCCAGCUUAUUGAUUGUUUACAUGAAUCUGGAUUUAAUAAUGAAUAUUUAAUAAAUAAUUGGAUAUCUUUUGUCAGUGACGGAGCAAGUGUCCUUUUAGGAAAAAAGGCAGGAGUUGCAAAGAGAUUAAAAGAUAUAUAUCCAUUAAUAUUUAGCUGGCAUUGUUUAAACCAUAGGCUGGAACUUGCUGUUAAUGAUACAAUGAAAGAUUUAAACUCUAUUAAUCAUUUUAAAUCAUUUAUCGACUCUUUUUAUGUUCUGUAUAAUAAUUCGCCAAAAAACACUAAUGAAAUUAAAGAUGUCUGUAAUGAAUUGAAUAUUAUAUUUGUAAAAGUUGGAAGAGUUCUUGAUACUAGAUGGGUAGCAAGCAGCUGGAGAGCUGUCAAUGCAGUAUGGAAGACAUUUCCUGCUCUAAGUAAGCAUUUUUAUAACUCUUCUAUAGAUAAAACUAAAGAUUCUAAGACAAGAAGUAAAUAUUUGGGUUUAUAUAAGAAAUUGUGUUCACCUGAAUUUUUGUAUGAUUUAUCUUUAAUGUGUGACGUGCUUUUAGAACUUUCUAAUUUAUCUUUGAAUCUUCAAAAACAAAAAAUAACUCUUAUGGAAGCAAAUUUAAAUAUUAAAAGAUCAAUUAGAAUUUUAGAAUCUUUUAAAGAUAAUAUAGGAGAUCAUAUGAAAGAAGUUGAAGUGGCAAAUAAUGAUAUGAUUUUCAAAAAUGUAAAACUAAUAAAUUAUUCAAAAAUUGUACCAAUUAAAAAAAAUCAGUUCAUAACUAGUAUCUGUAAUAAUCUAAAAAGUAGAUUAUUAGAAGAUACUAAUGACUUAAGUUUAAUGAAAGACAUCACAGUUCUUGAUAAAAGUACUUGGCUAGUUGAUAUAGACAUAAGGUAUGGUGAAGAAGAAGUCAAACGUUUGUGCAAACGUUUCAUGUUAAACAAGAAUAAUGCAAUAAGCGGAUUGAGAGUAUACAUUGAUGAAGAUAAAUACCCUCAAGAUGUAUUUCCAGAGUUGAAUAACUGUAUUAAAACUUUUCCUUGCUCAACUGCUGAAUGCGAACGUGGUUUCAGUGUUUUAAAUUUAAUUUGCACAGAUCUUAGGUCUACAUUAAGCAUAACUAAUAUUUCAAAUUUGAUGUUGAUAAAUAUAAAUGGACCCCCACUUAAGUUAUGGAGCCCUGAGUCCUAUGUUAAAAGUUGGUUAGUUCAACAUAGAUCAGCAGAUGAUACCAGAACAAAAAAAACUACAAAGAAAGAAGAAGAUACAGAUGUUUAUAAAAGAAGUUUAUGGACAAUUGUUAAUUCUUUAAAAUGAUUUAUAUAAUAUUUAAAUUUUGAUAUGUUAUUAACAUAG